CUCUAGUAUUCUUGAUCAUCACGAGAAUAUGAAUUAGAUAUGUAAUCCUAUGGGAACAUUUCCAGAGGAUUCAGAAAAGAACUACUGUAGUUGUGAAUUCUGACACUCGCUCAUAAAUUACUAGGUCCCUUACUCAUAUCCGCCCUCACCAUGUUGGUUGUACUAGAAUCGAACGCUAACCAUCCCUGAUUAAGCUACAGCAAGUGCAACCGUUAACUUUUUGCUACCUUUUGUUUGGUAUUUUCUACAUAGUUUUUUAACAUUGCUCAUGCUUCAGAUGCUACAUGACAGUGAGUUUUUGGAUAUAGCUAACACAUAGUGUGUGAAAUACAUUACAUUAUGCCCAUACUAGGUAGGCAUAUUGCAAUGUCUGCUGGCAGAGAUAGCUGGUGUAGUUCAGCCGGUGAUUAUCAACACUUCCUAAGCGACACCAUCAUCAGUUUAAAAAUGGUUUUUCAUACAAAUGCUGCCAGGAACUUGACGUGUUUGUGUUUUGAGUAAAAGAAUAAACCUGUAGAAACAA